AUGGCGACGGGUCGCGUCUUCGGCGCGGUCCUGGUCGCCUGCCUCUGCGGCGCCGUCGCGGCGGACCGCGCGGGCCUCGCGGACCGCCACGGCACCUGCGUGGCGCUCCUCGCGGAGACGUUGGACGGCGACGCGGCCGCCGAUGCCUGCUUGACGUUGGCGCGGGCGAACGCCCUGGGCGACGGCCACGUCGCGCGCAUCCUCACGGACGACGCGGCCGACAACCACACCGACGACCACACCGACGACCACGGCCACGGCGACGACCACGGCGACGACCACGGCGACGACGCGCACGGCGACGACGACGCGCACGGCGCGCACGCCGGGCACCACGAGAAGCACGAGCGGCCCUACGAGGCGCUCAUCUACAUGUCCGCGGCGCUGAUGAUCGGCGCGGCGACGCUCUACGUCAUCAGCCGCUUCCUCGAGGGCGUGCCGUACACCAUGGCCGUCUUCAUCCUCGGCGUCGUGCUCGCGCUCGCGCACCACGGCUCGCAGGAGCGGCUCGGCGUCUACAGCCGGUCGCUCAAGCUCUGGGAGCACAUCAACCCGGAGCUGCUCCUCUACUCGUUCAUGCCCAUCCUGCUCUUCGGCGACGCCAUGCAGCUGAACCUCCACCUCUUCUACACGAAGAUGCGGCAGUGCAUUACGUUGGCGGGCCCCGGCGUGCUCCUCGCGUCCUUCGUCACGGCGUUCUUCGCCAAGCACUGCCUGCCCUACGACUGGAAGUGGUGGAACUGCUGCGUCUUCGGGAGCAUCACGGCGGCGACGGACCCCGUCGCCGUCGUCGCGCUGCUCAACGCGCUCGGCGCGUCGCCGGGCCUGACGAUGGCCAUCACGGGCGAGUCGCUCUUCAACGACGGCACGGCCAUGGUCCUCUUCUACCUCUUCAUGUCCCUCGCCGAGGGCGAGGGCCGCUACAUCGCCGGGCCGGGCGACCCCGCGGGCUACGGGUCCAUCGCGCGCUUCUUCCUCAAGAUGGUCCUCGGCGGCAUCGGCCUCGGCUUCGCCUUCGGCUUCGCGGCGCUCGUCUGCCUCCAGCUCGCGCGCCGCAAGUACGACGAGACGGCGACGACGCUCCAGAUCACCGUGACCGUCGGCGUCGCCUACCUCUCCUUCUACGUCGCGGACUCGCUCUGCGGCUGCUCGGGCGUCCUCAGCACGGUCUUCGCGGCGCUC